UAGCUGAUUGGCUCCACAGGUCACGGGAGGCUGCUUGCAUCACCACACAUGGAAGCUUCUGGUGGUAGCCCUCUGUAGAGGUCAGAGCCCACCUGAGGAACUCACUGACUAGAGGGAAAACCUACCUCCUAAUCUCUCUGAGCUCUCCUUAAGGAUGAGUAAGAAUGGUUUUGUGAGCUAUGGCAGCGUUUCUGCUGUGGGUGGAGCCAUUGGAAGCAAUGACCAACCAUUUCAGGGUGGUGCAGCUCCUGCUACUAAGGCCCCAAGAUCCAGGGUUCGAAUCCAGGAUAUUAUACCUUGUAAACAGCUGCUCAUCUCCGCCCUGGUUGACAAUGUCUUCAAGAUUAGGGGAAUUGAAGUUUUCCAGGUCUCUCUUGUGGGGAUAACCAGAAAGGCAGAGUGGGCUUCCAGCUACAUUCUUUACGGAAUUGAUGAUAGGACCACCAAGCCUAUUGAGGUCCGCCAGUGGCUCAGAAGGAAUAAAGCAAAACAGAGGAUGUCGCUUCUUCCAGUGGGAGUAUAUGUCAAAGUGAUUGGUAUCCUCAAAUGUUUUAAGGAAGUAAAGGGCCUUGAAGUCUUGAAUAUCCGUGUCCUGGAGGACAUGAAUGAGUUCACCACACAUAUUCUGGAAAGUGCACAUAUGAUGUUGGAUAAAGCCCACCAAGUGGCCUCUGGGCCCAGUGCAGCUGUUGUCCCAUCAAAAAUAGAAGAGGUCUGAAAGUAUGGCGAUUACUACCACCUUGACUUCAUCCACAAGGAAGUUCAGCAUUUGAUCCGUCAGUGUCCUCAACAGGAAGGCGAAAGUGUGCAUGAGCUCCAGACCCAGCUUCACAGCCUGAGCGACGGGGCCAUCAAGCAAGCCCUUGAAUAUCUGACCAUUGAGGGCUACUUUUACCCCGCUGUGGAUGAAGAGCAUUUUAAAUCUGCUGAUUGAAGCAAUGAAAAGAUUUUUCAUUUUCCAAAGAUCCUUGCCUCCAUCUAUGAGUGAGUUUAACCUGUUGACUUUUAGGAAGUAGAUUUUUUUUCAACAAAAUAUCUCAGCUGGCAUACUUUGGACCCUCACUGCUUUUCCAAAUGCUUUGAACUUCUCUGUUUUUCUAACUGUAUUUGAAGCUCAGAAGGAGAUGGUGAUGGAGAAAUUGACUGGACUUUUUGUAGGAUUUGCCAGCAAGCAAAUGAAAACAGUCCUGGAUGAAUGAAUUUGGGAGAGAAAAGGUACAGAAAAAAAAUGGAAAAUUGUUAUUUGUUGUGUGGGAGCUUCUUUUUCUGAAAUAUCCAUAUAUUAGGAGAAUAUAGAAUAAGUCAAGGAACCAGUUAAGAGAGAAAAACAAAAAUUCUAUUGUUUUUACGUUAGACUUAUUUUCUGUGUUUGGAUUUAGCUUAUAAUCCUAUUAUCUCUUGCUAAAUGUAGUAAUUGGUUAAUUUGAAUGUGCUAAAGAGAGCAAUUUAUGAAGUGCUCAGUUCAAUAUUUAUUGAGUGAUUUGCUUUUAUUACCAUAGAUUUAUUUUUAAAAAAUAAAAUUAUAGUAUGUUUAACAGCUCUUAUUACCACAGGUUUAUGUUUUUUAAAAAAAUACGAUUAUACUACCUUUAAAUGCCAGCUCUUAUUAACGUAAGUUUAUGUUAAAAAAUAAUAUUAUGACUAAAUAACAGUAAACAUAGAUUAAACUAUGUUUAAGUAUACUGUUUAAAAAAUAAAAUUAUAGUAUGUUUGAAAAAUUUUUUCUUAAAAUGUGAUUAGGUUUAAUGAUUAUUUCAAAUAUAAUGUGGUGAUAUUUGGAUUAAAUUACAGUCCAUUGUAGUUGCAUGGUACAUGGAAACCAGAUUUUCUGUGAGUUUGAUGUUCUGAUGGAUUCUGUAUAGUACUAAAUCCUCAGUUUUAUGUAUAACAAAGGUUUAUUCUUACAGGUUAAGCAAACAAAAAUUAAUUAUAUGAAUAUUAAGCUUAGUUAAAUAACUGAAAUUUUAUUUGAACAUUUUAUUAAAAUACUUUUUCAAAAAUCUUGACUCUCCUAUGUGAUUUUUGUCCUAAUUUUACUUGAAAAGCCUCUUGUUUUGUUUUUAAAGAUUAAUAAGUUUAAUUAUCUAGAAUAAAUUUUUCUACUCAAUAUAAUAACAUAUCUUUGUUGUAAUAAUACAUUUUAGUUUGUAUUAAAUUAAUUAUGUGAUACUUUUAAAUAAUUGAAUAAAGUAAGCCCUCAGUUAUAUACAUAAAGAUGAUAUCUUUCUAGUUACUAGUUUUGUUACAUUAGGAGAAAGAAAAGAAAAAGUAUGUAUAUAUAUGUAUUCAUUUGGACGGGUAGAAAAGAAAAGCAUCACUUGUUUUAACUUAAUCACAGAAAUGAAGUGUAAAACAUUGAAAAUCCCUUAAAUACAGCAUUCACAGUAAUCCAUACUGUCAGGAAAACUAUCAGAAUUUGGCCUGUCUUUGCCAACCCUUAUGAAUACUUGCCACCAAUACUUGUUUAAGCUUUCUGAGCCAUAAACUUAACUUUUCCUCCCCUCAGAAGCCCAGAAUUCAUAAAUGACACUUUUUUGAAAACUACAAAUAGUUAAUAUACCUGUUUGUUAUUGAAAUCAUCAGAUGUCUCUGCAAAUUCUAGUCUUUAUAAACAUAAGGAAUUCUGAACCAGUUUUGAAAGUUUGCCUGCCCUGAGGAAAAUCACACUGGAGGAGAGGCAAUGAUGGUUGUAUUUGUUCCUUAGCAUUUCAGUGUGGAAUGGUAUAGUCUAGGAGGUGUGUGUGUGUGUGUGUGUGUGUGUAUCUGUGUGUCUCUGUGUGUGUGUAUUUGUGAUAUCACUUACACAAUUGCAGGAACCCUGAAAUCAGAAUUCGAAUUUUUAUUUUAUUUAUUUAUUGGAGAGGGAGAGAGUGAGCAGGCAGAGGGGUCAAGGGAGAGGGAGAAACAGAGACCACUGAGCAAGGAGCCCAAUGUGGGGUUCAAUCCCAGGACCCUGGGAUCAUGACCUGAGCUGAAGGCAGACGCUUAACCAGCUAAGCCACCCAGGCACCCUUCACAGUUCGAUUUUUUUAUGACUUUGUAGAUCACUCUCCAAAUUGUCUGAGUUGGUUCAAGUGGCCAUUGGAUGGGUAGCCACUUUUUCCUCUCUAGGAAUAUUCCUUCAGAAUUAGGAAAACGGCAACCAGAAAAGGCCUUUCAGGCUGCCUUUAACUAAUAUGUUGUGAUAUGUACACCAAAUUUAAGGGAGAACCAGCCUGUCUCCCUCUCCCAUCCUUUUGGGUAACUGUCCUCUCUCUGUGUUCCUUGGGGUUCUUUCUAGCUUUGUUAAUUGCCCUGCUGCCCUCCUUAUUCUUCUGAGUGAAAUUAUGUGCUUUAGUGGGAUUCUACUGCAGGUAAGAGACUGCAGUGAAAGAAUAGUAGGGAAGUCUACCUAUAAUGUGAAAGGAAAUCUAAUAUUUUUCAGUUGGAUUAUCUUAUACAUGCAUUUGGGUAGCAGAUUUUUAUUUUUAUUUAUUUAUUUAUUGGUAGAUUUUUAAAAUCCAUUUUAAACCUUCCAACAUACUUCUUCCUUCCACUGCAUACUUCCUUUUUAGUUUUGUUCAGAAGGUAAAUGACUUGGCCAGUGUUCCCUUUCCUAUCCAGUCCUGCCUUGUAUGUGAACCAAACUUCUGAGGAUAAGAUACCAAUCCUGGGGAAAUAUUGUCUGCUAUUUUGGGCAGAGAUAUUUAAGCCUGAGGAAACUGAAGAAUAUAAUUGACAAUUAUAAUCCACUUAGGGUUGUUAUUCUAUGGCUUUAGGCAUAUGAAAUGUAUGCAUUUAUAUUGAAAUUGAUUCUAAUUUAAUUGAA